AUGCAGCAGGUCCAGCAGGUCCCGGCCGGCUUCGACGCCGAGAACGCCGACAACUUUGAAGAUAUCGAGAAGCAGUUUGCUGUCAAGGCCGUGCAGCACAUGGAGACAUACUGGGCGAUCCUGGAGCGCGUGCGCGGGUCGACGCUGCGCCUCACAAAACUGGACGACGACAUCCUCGAGCACCUCCAAAAAGACUUCCCCGAGUUCGACCCGGCGGCCACGAUUGAUGAGGACGAGAUGAAGAGCAAGACGGGCAAGGAGCGGUGGCGCAACUUUAUGAUGGCCUACGAGAAGAAGGUGGACGACUACAACUUUGGCACGAUGAUGCGCAUUGCGCCGAACGUCGAGUAUGGCCGGGACGAGGUCAUUUUUGUGCCGAGGAUGCAGUUCUACGCGGUCGAGAUUGCACGAAACCGCAAGGGCCUGAACGACUGGAUCUACGAGAAGGCCCAGGCCGAGAAGGCGGCGAAGAAGUAG